UACCAGAAUAUUCGGAACAAUUAGAGACUUAUUUAAAAAAAUACAAGAUAAAGCAAUUUGAUUAUUUGCAAUGUAGUGACAUUAAACGUAUUGGUACGGGAGGUUAUGCAAUUGUAUAUUCUGCCAGUUUUGAAGGACAUAAGUAUGCAUUAAAAAGUCUAAACGUUAACUUGAGUUUCGAAGAAAAAGAGUUCAAAAUUUUUAAGCGUGAGCUUAAAUGCCUUUAUAUGGUUAAUCAUCCUAAUAUCAUAAAAUUUUAUGGAAUCUCUAAGAGUAAGAAUUUCACAAUUGAAUUUAAUGAAAAUCCAAAAAAUUUACUAGAUUGA